AUGCCGAAAAGAGAAGUUGAAUCUGAACCCAAAACCGACUUGUUCCACUUGGAAGACCCCUUUGACUCCGAAGAGCCCGGUCUCGAAGGAGCAUGGGAACACGAAAUGGAAAAGAAAAAAAUCAUACGAGACGACUUGCGCAGCAAAGCAUGGAAACCCCAACUGCGAGAAGUCGAGGACCACGAUAUAGGCGAGAACUUUGGCGAGCACCGCGAAGCGAGAACUUACGAGCACCAUUCCAAUCUUUUCAGCUCAUUGCCCCAUUUGCAUUUUGGCAGUAUUACCAAUUAUCCCGGAUUCAAUGAGGACUCCCGUGGUGGCCAAGGCGGCCAGGGCGGGAAAAAUGAAGAUGAAGAAGAAGGAGGGGGCGGCGACAAGCGGCAGUUGAACAAGACUAGAGACGAAACGAGAAAGAGUCCCGCAAUGCGCGAGCAUGUAUAUGGGCAGCAGCAGGAGAUGGAGGAAGAGGAUGUGGAUCGUGGAGGGAGGGGCAAGAAAGCCGGUGGCGGGUCCAGCGGCUCGGGCGGCGGGGCUGAUGAUUUCAUUAACUUGUUGGGGUAA